UUGGUCAGAGAAAGUCUUGACAUUACCCUCAGAAUAAGUUUUGUAUUUUAAUUUCGAAAGACCCUACUUCAGCCUAUACAAGAUGCCAUUCGGUCGACGCGACAAAGAUUUCAAGGAGCUGAAAAAAAUUCAAAAGGCUGAUAAACUCAUAUAUUUUCGUGUUGUGGCCACUGUCAUACCAGGGAUUUUGUUGGGUGGCUAUGCCGGCAUGAAGAUUGCACAGUUUCUUGAAGUAUGCGAACUGUUCACGCCCGAUACCGUGGAAAACGAUGACUAGAAGACAGCAUGGCACAGAUUGAACAAGAGUAUUUGGAGCAAGCCAGAAGCAUCCUGUCCUCUAUAUGUAUGCUAAUGUGUCGGGGCCAAACAAGCCAAACGGGAUGCUAGAAAAAAAGAGCAGUCCAGACCGGUAAUUCCAAGAAAUCAGCCCACAAAUUUUUAAUUGAAUCAUAAUUAUGGGACCAGGUUUAAAAUUAUAUAGUUUAUCUUAAUAAAGCUUAUUCUACGGAAAAGCGAAAUUUUACAAUUGAAAACUAUUUAUAAAAAUCUCUUUAUCCCUUGAG